CAGUUAUUUCAGUGGGGCAAGGAGCGUCAUUUGCCGAAUCUGUGGUGCAUACCAGUCGAGUGUGUGUUGCAAAACGACACAUUGUUUGCAGUUGUGCUAGAGAAACGCUGUAAAAUUUCAAGCUCUGUCAGUGAUUUAGUGUUGUGGUAUGUCUAUUCCAGUUUCUUUUCCAUCGCACUGCCAGUUAGCCGACAUGAUUGUGUUGUAUUUCGUGUUUGAAAGAUUAGAUGUGUGUAUGUAGGACAUCGCGGUUGAUCAACAACAUUCUUACUGUUGUUCAACACGCGUUUCAUGAACCGAAGAGUGAACGUAGGCUGAAUUUUAAGCGCUCGUAAACACGGCCAACUCAAUGAACUCGGCGCUGCUCACAAAAAGGGAACCCCAUCUCUUGCCGAUGCGGUUAAGUGCGUUACAUCACAUCGAGUUGGCCGUUUCUAAUGGCAAAAAAAUCGUUUCAUAUUUUAUGGACAAACUUGGAUAUUCUCUCAGAGGUCGAAGAGAAACGGCAGUGAACACACAGUGGGUGAUUGGAAGUCAUAAAUCCAUUUUCAUCGUCACAGAAAAUAAGAAACUUUAUCGCCCAGAAUUUGUGCCAUUUUCUCAAUUCUCGUCAUCCGUUAAUCAGGUUGAUACCGUUUUUAACGUUGCGUUGGAGGUGAAAAACCUGGAACAUGUCACAAAUAAAAUGCAGAAAGGUGGGGGAAAGCUAUUCCAUCCGGUCACAGAAGUGGAAGACAAAACGGGAAAAGUAAGAUAUUCAAUUGUUGGAUCCUGCUGUGGCAAUAUCAUCCACACACUCCUGGACAAAUCGCAAUACCAGGGAUCAUUCCUUCCUACAUUUCAAGAGUCUUUUACAGCCCGAGGUGAAGAACCUUUUACACAUGUUGACCACCUGACAUAUGUGUGCCAUCCCGGUGAAUCCCAGAACAUCAUCAAAUGGUAUCAGAAUUGCCUAGGCAUGCAGAAAUUUCAAACGAAUCCAACCGAAGACUUGAAUGAGGGUCUAGUAAUCAAAGAUGGUGUAGGAAUGAGAUUGCGCGUUAUGGAUUACUGGCCCUGUGCUGAAUCCGGAAUUUCUAAUUCAAAUCCGGACGCAAUGGACGACACGUCUUUAAAAAUCGUAAUCGCUGAAUCUCUUCCAGAGAAAGAGAAUACUCAUAUUAGUGCCUUUCUCCAAGGCCACGGUGGACCGGGUCUUCAACACAUCGGCCUCGCCACACAUGACAUUACUAGCUGCGUAGGUUCCAUGAUUCGCAAACAAGUUCUCUUCCGGACACCACCUAGAGCCUAUUAUCGAAAUGAAUGGAAAAGAAAAGAAAUUCAAGCGGCAGGCUACAACAUUGACGAAUUUCAACGGUUGGGUAUUCUCCUCGAUUCUGAAGCAGAUACCGCAGAUACAAGUAGUCGCGACAGGUAUCUUUUGCAAAUUUUUACAACACCCUUGUUCAAAGAAGAAACAUUUUUCAUGGAAGUGAUGCAGAGGAAAGGAGCGCGAGGAUUUGGAGCCGGUAACGUAACGGCAUUAGCUCGCUCAAUUGAGGAGGAAAACCUGAUUUUGAAAGAAGCAGCAUCGCUUAAGAUAUAAGACCCUAAACAUUUGUUUCUCUACCAAAAGUAUAAUGCUACCGUUUAAAUGAUUGGAUCUAAAAAUUCUGGUAGUGCACGUAUAUAAAGAGUGCAAUGAUGCACUCAACGGGGAACUUUUUUCGUAAACAAUAUGGAGUUUCUGAAUAAGCUUAACUAAUAACUAUGUCGUCGCACAAGCUGUCGGUUUGCAUUCUAUUUUUUGUUUGCGCUGGUAUUCAAUACAUAUGGUAAAUUCA